GAACAGAGAGGCAGAAGCACUUUCUCCUCGGAGAGCAGAGUGUGGGUCAGGUGUAUCGGCGCUGAGAGAGUCGCCACCAACCAAGCGGCCGUGAGCCGGCUCUCCGCACUGUCCCCCUGAGAUGUGGCUUCAACGCAGUUGGGGUGGCCACCUCUCCCGACAGUGUGGGACUGAGCGGCGGUCGUUGGAUUCCAAGCCCUUGGACCUGGUGAAACUUUCCACGGGAAUUCAUGCCCAUGACAAGAUCCAGAUUGUCCAUCAAACACUGCAUCACCUCCGCAGGAUCUACAGCAUGAAGCUGAGCUCAGUAACGUGGGUCCAGGCCACAGUGGAACACUUCACACUUCUUUUGGAUCGGCAGCUCAGAGAGCUGGAAGUCUGUGUCAAGAAAGCAAGCCCAGGGUCCAGGGCAAGGAAGAAUGCCACAGUUCUUAAAUAUUUUAAGGAUCUGACAAAGUUUCUGAAACAAAAGGGUGGCCACCUCUCCCGACAGUGUGGGACUGAGCGGCGGUCGUUGGAUUCCAAGCCCUUGGACCUGGUGAAACUUUCCACGGGAAUUCAUGCCCAGGACAGGAUCCAGAUUGUCCAUCAAACACUGCAUCACCUCCGCAGGAUCUACAGCAUGAACCUGAGCUCAGUAACGUGGGUCCAGGCCACAGUGGAACACUUCAGGCUUCUCCUGGAUCGGCAGUUCAGAGAGCUGGAAGUCUGUGUCAGGAAACCAAGCACAGGGUCCAGGGCAAGGAAGAAUGCCACAGUUCGUAAAUACUUCAGGAAACUGAGAAAGUUUCUGAAACAGAAGGGAUUCAGUGACUGUGCCUGGGAAAUAACUCGCGCUGAGACCAGGGCACAUUUACAACAGCUCCUUCUCAUCAUGGCAACAAUCAGCAGGGAACAAUGAGGAUAUUUCAGAGACUGAAUCAUAAGAGACUCAAAUUGAUGACUAUUUAAUGUACCUUUUUGUACAGAAAAUAUUUCUUAUAUUAGUAUUACAUUCCUGGAGCAAAACGGAAGAAUUACUGGAAGGACACAAAGUGCUGGAGUAACUCAGCAGAUCAGGCAGCAUCUCUGUAGAAUAUGGUUCGAUGAUGUUUCAAGUUGAGACCAUUCUUUAGACUUCUUAUGCCGUAAACGUGAUAAAUGAAAUGGAAGAUGUUCAAACAACUCAGUACGUGUGGAGUGGAAAUCUGAGUUAUCCUAGGUCAAAUAAACAGUGUAAUUACCAGAAAUGUUAACUGUUUUUCAACCAGAAUUAUUAUUAUUCAAUCAGAAGCAUUAGUUAUAUUUUCGUCUCUUAGCUGUUUUUCUGAACUGUGGCGUAUAUCCUGCAUUUUACAAUGUAUUAUUCCGUUAUUUUGACGAUUGAGAGUCAUGAAGAACAAAGAACAUUUAGAUAUUUAUCUGUAUUUAAGUGUUGAUUUAAUUUAUUGAUAUUUAUUUUUAUACCAUUAUCCUGUGGUGAACUGUGAAUCUUGAAAGAUCCUCUCAUUCAAACACUGAUAAAUUUAGUAAAUUCAUUAAAUUCAUUUAGUGAAUAUAUUCAUUUCAGUUUAUUUAUAUUUGCACUGACACAUUUUUAAGCAUAUAUCAAUAGUGGUCAAAAUCUUUGUUAAUUUAUUGUAUUUUAUAGAUCAGUGGAUAUUUUUUUUGUAAAAUAAAUUCUUUUUCAAUGAAA